GAAAUAUAAAUAAUAAAAUAAAUAAUCCUUCAAUUUUUUGAGAAGUGUUUAAACCAUCGAAACUGUAUUAGAAAGUUUUGAUAGUUGGUUUCAGUGUUGACUAAAACACAAAGUUUUUAUUUUUAUCCAGAGCUGUCGUUGAUUGUUGAUCGCAGAUUAGCAAUGAACAAGCAAGAAGGAGGAAUAGUCAACCCUCAAGUGAAGGAAGAAAUUGAUAAGAAGAUUAUCGCUCAGACAUUUUCACAUCUACUCGAAGGCUCUACAUUACUGGAUUGCGAAUCGGACGUAAGGGGUUUCCGUUUAGUAAUUCCAGGGUUAGAUACAGUGCGGGAAGUGUCUAAUAUUUUGUCGAGUGAAGAAUGUAAAGCGAUCAUCAAUGCAACGUCUUCUUGUGAUGAAGGGUUUAGCCGACCCAAAGCCUUCUCCCGAGAACACCGGGAUUGCCACCGGAUUCACACUGUAGAUAAAACAAUGAGUGACGUCAUGAUGCGAAGAUUACGUCCGUAUUUGCCAGAACUGAUCAAAAUUGAUGGAGUCCGUUGGAAACUUAGUAGGUUCACCCACCAUUGGCGAUAUGUUCGAUAUUAUCCAGGAGGUCAUUUUAGUCCGCACUAUGAUGGUGUUAAAAUGAGUUCGACACCUAUACCAUGUAUGUCUGUAUUUACAGUACAGAUAUACCUGAACGGAAAUGAAUCGUUUACAGGAGGCUCAACCUUAUUCUAUCCAGAUUACAGGCCAAAUCGUUCCGAAUCACGUGAGGUUCCAUACGGGCACGUGUCUAAGUUUGACCCUUUUACGGAGAAUGAUUACCGGGUCUUUUCUGUUGAAGCGGAAAGUGGAAAAGCCCUUAUUUUUAACCAUGCUUUAAACACGCUGCAUGAAGGGAGUCCUGUUUUAACAGGUACAAAAUUCAUUAUGCGAGGUGACAUCUUAUAUACCUCGCUUCCGGAUGAUGUAUACCUCCUCCCAACCACAUUGGAAGAACGUGCAGAUAAUUCUGUUUUAAGUGCGCGUCAUUGGUGUCCAUUCACAGCUGAAAGACAUGGAACAAGGAAUCAUGUUGGUCAGGUAUGGUAUUGUGUUUGCGCCACUGAUAUGCAUGGCGCUGUUAUUGAUCAACAAAACUGUUGGCAUGAGAAUAAAAGUGACAUAGCCGAGAUGAACUCACCAGUUGUCAAUUCUACUGCUCCUUCUAAAGUUUUAGUACUGGUCAGUGGUAAAAGAGCUACGGGGAAAGAUUUUAUUUCAGAUAGGCUUGCCGAUGCGCUCACUAAGCAAGGUUUUUCCGUUUAUCGCACAGCAUUGGGAAACAUCAACAAACAAAUUUAUGCACAGUCAGCAGGAGUAGAUUUUAACCGGCUUUCAACCGAUCGAGCGUUUAAAGAAUUACAUCGAAUUCGAUUAAUUGAGCACCAUACAAAGCGAAAUUCUCAAGAUCCUGAAUGGUGUGUGAAGGAGGUACUAAACAAAUCAAAAAACUCAGACAUUUUGCUUUUGAGCGAUUUACGUACAAUAGAAGAUUUGGUUUGGUUUAAGAAGCAAGGUAUCCCAGUAGUUAUUUUGCGCAUUAGUGCUCCAGAUAAAGUGCGCAUGCGCCGUGGAUGGGAUCCGUGUCCAGUAAAGGAUGUUUUACGGACUGAGACUGAUUUAGAUAGUUAUACAGACUGGACAGCCUGUUGGGAUAACAACAACGACGAUGAUGAUGAGGGAGGCACACUCCUGCAAGAAUGGAUUGAAUUUACUGUCAUCCCUCGCAUUUUUUCGGCUUCCGUCUAGAAAGCUAAUGGAAGAUAAAGACUUAUAUUUAAGAACGCAUAAUCUCGUCCCAGAGCCCUUUUUUCCUUCGACAAUGUCGGAGGACAAGAAGAAAUAGUUCUAAAUAUAUAUUCUGGCCAUUUGAGAUUAUCGGAGAAAGAAAUAGAACACUGGGGAUGAGGUUGAUAAACGCAUUAUAAUUAUUUUAUUAAUUUGUCUUUAAGAUUUCUCAAAUAUUUUUUUUACUAGUUUUGUAAGUUUCCCAGAUCUUUCAAAAAUAUAUAUAUUUUUUUUACA